CACUGCAACUGAACAGCGACCUUAUAAGCACAUGUCUGCGUUAAGAUGCUCUGCUGUUUUUCAUUGGAGGAAUAUAUUUAAAAAUCACUGCGGUAUAUAAUGUUGCAGAGGGAUUGCAUGCGCUGUGUUUAUUAUUAUUAUUAUUAUAUCUUUGUGUUCUCCAUAGAUUUGCAUAGGUGUCUUCACUAUGGAUGUAAGGGAUGGACACGCACAAAGGAGAACACAAAAUUAAUCCAGUGAUGCCCGUGACAGGAAUUGCGUUUUUAAACGAAGCACAACCGAGCCAAGUUUGCAUUGUAAAUCAGAUGCACUGAAUUAUUGGUUGGAUCCGUCUGUGUGUCGCUUCCCCCUUUUCAAAAGGAGCCACAUCAACAAAAUGUUGGGUAGGUCGUUCACCUGGAGAAAAUAUAACCACCAUACACUCUCUAUGCAGCACCGGCUCCCUCUUCAGCACUGACAUGCCCGAGCCCAGCAGAAAAACCAGAAUCAAAGGGCUCAGAGCUACAGCCGGGCACGUAAACUGGAAGGAGGACGGGAAACAGGCGCACACCGGGUGUCCGUAUCGGUGGAGGCCGGAUCACAUCUGCUGGGGACGAGCAUCAAGGGCAGUGCGGCACUCCAGCGCUUCAGGAGCAGGCGAGACGGAUCAUCCACACACUCUCAGCUCCACAACAGCACCGUGUUCCCGUUACACUUCUGCGUCUGUCUCAAAGAUGCGCUAGAGCAACACACGGGCGCUCUGGUAUGCAACAAAACAUGUUUGUCUAGCAGUCAUGCUUUUUAUUGCUGUCACCCAGAGGAUUUAUCUACAAUAUAUUAAGUUGGAAAUGAAAAUGAGGAUCUAUCAGCAAUUCAAGGGAUGUAAAAAGUGCCAAUGAAUAUACUGCUUAAAUAUAUGCUCUUUUUUCUGUCAUUGGCCACAUUGACACCCCUAAUAAGCAGGACCAUGGGUUGCAUUCAGAGCAUCGCCUGCAAGCCCCGCAUCCGACGGGAGAACAUAGUGGUCUAUGAGGUCUCAGCCUCCAUUGACCAAUGCCCGACCAUCAUUGAGGAGAAUUCGCCCAUUGUCCUGCGAUACAAGACCCCGUACUUCAGAGCAUCGGCCGGGGUCGUGAUGCCCCCGGUUCCCAGAAACGAAACAUGGACUGUGGGCUGGAUUCAGGCGUGCACCCAAAUGGAGUUCUUCAAUACAUAUGGUGACAUUGGCAUGUCCAGCUGGGAAUUACCCGAGCUUCGAGAAGGACGGGUGAAGGCCAUAAGUGAUUCUGACGGUGUCAGUUAUCCCUGGUAUGGUAAUACCACCGAAACAGUGACCCUCUCAGGCCCCACGUCUAAGCCAUCCCGGCUAACGGUGAGCAUGAACGACAACUUCUACCCCAGCGUGACUUGGGCGGUGCCCAUCAGCAACAGCAACACGCCCAUGCUCACGCACAUCACCCGAGACCAGAGCUUCAUCACCUGGCUGGUGGCGCUAAACGCAGACACCAAAGAGCGUAUUGUUCUUCAGACGGUGCGCUGGCGUAUGCGCGUAGACAUUGAGGUGGAUCCUUCCAUGCCACUUUGUUCUCGUGCCAAACUGAUGGGACGACCGCACCAAGAACAACCGCAUAUUCUCAGCAACAAUGAACCCAUCCCGCCUAACGCGCUGGGCAGGCCCAAUGCCAACGAUGCCCAGGUGCUGAUGUGGAGGCCCAGGAGAGGACAACCUCUGGUGGUCAUACCACCCAAAUAGGGUUGUCUUAACAGUGCCUAUGGGACACUGAAGACUGCAUGCACUGUUUGGACACUGGAUAUUGGGAUUGCCUUCUGGAUUCCCAGUUUUGUUGGGUUUCUAAAUUCCUCUGAACUAGACUGUCGAGAAGAGAAUUCUCUGUGUGCACCAUUAAGUUUUGCUAUCGUUAAACGCAAAUGACCAGGAGUAACUAGUACUAAAUGUGCCGUUUUGAAUAAACCGCCAAAAUUUAGGGAAUUGUUCACUGAAAAAAAUUCAAAUUUACUACGCCUCAUGUUGUUACAAACUCGUAAGGUUUUAUUUUCUUCUGCGGAACACAAAAGACGAUAUUUUUGUUUUAUACAAUGAAAGCCAAUGGGUCUUUUUAAUAUGACAUAAAUGUAGCAUAACAUCAAUCAGUGCAACUCGAAUGGUAUAUUUGAAGUCCUCUGAAAUAAGAUGAUAACUUUGAAUGAAAAUUCAGUCCUUUAUUCACUCUCAAAUAAAAUCAUUGAUUAAUACAUUCAUACACAGACUACAUAAAAUAUGGUGAAUGUCAUUAUCAUAGUAUGGACAAAAAUAGCUCAAUGCAUUCUUCAAUAUAUCUUCAUUUGUGUUCCUUGGAAGAAAGUAAGUCGAACAGUUUUGGAACAACAUUAGGCUGAGUAAAUGAUUCCAUAUUUUUCAAUUUUGAGUGAACUUUCACUUUAAGAAAACAAUGAUAAUAUUUUUACAAUUAUACGUUUUUUGUUUAGUUUUUUUGGAACAAGGCCCUAAACUUUCAGGACACACGUUAUAUAAUGCAAGAAAGAGAUUGAAUGUUUGAUUCCAUACAAGACAAAAUGAAUUCAGUGGCGUCAAAAGAACCAAGAGAGGUCACCGCAGGUCCAGCAGGAACUCUUUUGCUUUGUAGGACAACCAGCAAAACUCUUUAAAACUUAUAUCAGUCAAUUGAGACUUGUGACUUCAUUUCUAAUGCUAGCAAAUAUCUUUUACCUGCUGUAAGAUGAAAAAGACCACAGAGUGCCAGUUGAGGUGGAGUGUAUAUGGUUAAAUUGAGGAUGCAGUGGGGCCAUUCAUCCAGUCAGACACAUACUGGCAACAGCGAGUCGAUAGGAGUUUGUUUAUGAGUCUGUUUGAGUUUAAGCAGUUGGUGCUGCACCAUAGGCAUUCACCAGAUUAGUCACAUGCCAUACAUACUCCAUCUGUGCCAUUCCACAUCCACGUCUCCCAAGCUGUCUCACUCCGUCCUCUCCCACUGAGACUCCUUGGGUCAUUAUGACACAGAUGAAAUUGAGUUUCCAUUAUGUAUGUCAGGUUUACCUUUCAAGGGAUAAAAAGUAAACAUGAAAAUGAAAAUUCUGUGCUUAAUUACCCAUCUUUGUGUCGUUCCAAAAUCAUCAUGACUUUUUUCUUGUUUGGGACACAGAAGAUAUUUUGAAAAAUGCUUAAAUUUUUGCCCACGCAGUGAAUGGUAGAAGGUUAAAAACAACAUUGCACCUCAGUGAUUUUAUGUACCAAAAAAAGGGGGGAAAAAUCUUCAAAAUAUCUUCUUUUGUGUUUUACAGAAAAAACCGAAGUCAUACAGGUUUGGAAUAGCAUGAAGGUGAGUAAAUUAUGACAGAAUUUUCAUUUUGGGCUGAACUAUAUCUUCUAAGGUCAGUGGCGCUUAAUGUAGCACUUAGCCAACAUUACAAACAAAAUUGUCAAAUAGGUUGCUUUUGAGGGUGACACAAUUACUGACUGAAAUUGAAUGAAAACUGGUCAGAACUUUUGUCUAUGUGAAAUCCCUUGUUGCUACAGUUUUUGAUCUUUCAAAAUAAUGUUUUCGCUACAGAGCUUUUUAAAUACAAACAAUGGAACUAUUGCAAAAUUUUAUAGCAUAAUAAAAUAAAUUGCAGUCUUGGCAUGCAAAGCAAAAUAAUUUAAAAUUAUCUAAAAAGAAAUCAAAAAUUAAUUUUGAACCAUGGGUUUCAUCUUUCUCUAUAAUAUAAAGUCUGUGGAGGCACCGACAAACCAACAUGAAUACACUAUUUAGUGUGUGGCUGAUGCUUUCAUAAGAGCCUGCUAAAUUUACUAAUACAUUUCUUGAUAUUCAUUAUUUGCAUGCUUUUAAUUUAGUGAACUGUAUUGUUUUAUUAUUCACUGAAUUGGACUGGUUGGAAAUGAAGAGGUGAUAUCCAGUCCGGACAUAUAACAGAAAAUAAUAAUGACUAACUCUUAAAUCUAACAGAGCAUUUAUUCAUGCCUGAUGCUUCGCCUAAAAUCACUUUCAAAGGGAAAGUUACGUUGGAAGUUGAGAUGCAUGCAGUACAUCUAAAGCUUGGAGCACUGAUCUAGACGAAGGUAGAAUACAUCAUAUAGGGUUCCUUCUCUGUAAUAUGAUAAAUACCUCAUUUCAUCUCCCUUUAUCAUUGCUAAGUUACAUCUUCUGUAUCUCUUGUCAAAGCCAUAUUCCUCCUUAAAAUGAUCAUCUAAAUAAAGAUACAUGAAGACAUAUGAACUCAGUAUCUGAUAAUCGGCAGAAAAAAAGGGGGUUUUACUUCAAGAUUUCAACAUUUCAUAGCAUAGGGUGUGCAGGAAUGAGGAAUAAAAAUGUUGCUUAAAUUGUGAAUUUACUUUCUCUCAUAUCCACAUGCUUUCCCACUGCAAAGCGAGUCUAUGCAAUGGAAGAGACUGAGUUUACUGUGGAAAAGUUUCAUAGCAUUGCAUUACGGGCAAGAAAGACCCAGUUAGGGGGGAAAUGAUUUUUCAUCUCCCUUCUUGCAUGCAAGAUGUUUUUGCAUAAAACAAACUGUGAUGCAACAUAUAUAUUUCCACUGAAACCCCCAGCUGAGAGCAACAAGGUCUAACAGUUCACUCUGUUCAUUCAAGGACUAAUAAAAGUGCACUGAGCAUCUUGCAGAA